AUGCUUCACUCCCUCCAUUCAUUUCAUUCGCGCACAGUCGCAUCCCAGCAGCGAGCCCUCCCCUCCUGUUUCUCUCCGCCUGGAAAGAUGGCUGCUCCGGUGGUGGCGAGGAGCUCCGGCCCGGCGCUCUGCCCGAGCUUCGCGGAGGUCUGUUCAUUCCUGGAGCGAUUCGGAGCGGUGCUGGGUCUGCCGGAGAUGACUUUCCCGCAGAUGGAGCGGUAUCUGCGGGACACAACGACAGUUCCUAAACCGCUUGUGGACCUCCAUGUGAAGCUGCUCAGAAAACUGGGGAGGUCUGUGACUACUGACCGCUGGGAAAAAUACCUGGCUAAGGUUUGCCAGGAGUUGAACAGUACCUGGGCAUGGGAGCUGGAACAGAAGGGCUACCAGGAGAUGUCCAUGGAGUGCAAGUCAUGCAUCCUCAAAUAUCUCUUCGAGUGUCAGUUCGAUGACAACCUGAAGUUCAAGAUGGCGAUCAAUGAGGAGGAGCCGGAGAAGAUGCGUCUGCAGCCCAUUGGACGGGACCAGCAGGGCCUGAUGUACUGGCUUCAGCUGGACCAGGAGCAGAACAUCCGGCUGUACACGGAGGAGCAGGACGAUCUGGACGGAUCCACUUGGAAGUGCAUCGUCAGGACUCGUAACGACCUGGCCGAGGCGCUGGAGCUGCUGAAGUCUCAGGUUGAACCAAAAGAGGACCAGGAACAGAACCAGAACCAGGCUGGUUCCAGAAGCACCAGCCCUAAAGAGAAAGAUGAAGGGGAUGAGGCCAUUGGCAGCACCAAACCCUCCGGGACUGCCGAGGAACACACGGACUGUGAGAAGUUCGACCCUGUAAAGGAGGAGCAACCCCUGACACAAGUGGUGAAGCUGGAGGAGACGCCGCCCACCAAGCAGGAAAACACCGAGGCCGAGGUGAAGGAAGAGGCGGUCAACUGCACGUCGUCGCCGCCCGUCUUUGACAACCGCGUCAGCACAAUCAUCACCGUCAUCAAGUCGGAAUCCAGGGACGCCGACACCCCCACAAAUGCUGUGUCGGUGGUCAUGGCGCCAGGCGCGGCUGUCGCGAAGCAUGAGACGAACAAGGAAGGGGAGGCGGAGCGGGCGGUCGUCAGGAGCAGCCAGCAGGCCAAGAUGCCACUGAAGAAGAGGGAGCUUAAGAUCGCGGAGAGCUACCACGGCAACCAUCUCAAUAACAGCAUCAACAGCAGUAGCAUUAUUGUUUGCAACCCGUCAGUCAUCAAGGACGGCGGCAAAGAGGGGAAGUUGCCGGGCUCGUUGGCGCCCCCUGGUGGCCUGGCUGCCCCACCACCACCACAGCAGCUGGUGGUCACCACAUCGAAGCAGGAACUGAGCAACGGGAGAGCGUUUCUCCCCAUGCCGCACAAAGAGGGACAAAACGGAGUCAUAGGGGUCAUAGGUCAAGUCGGCGUCAUAGGUCACGUGGGGGUCAUCCGCAGCCCACCCGAGCGCCACAGUACCCCCAGCACCGAGCAGCAGGAACAGAACGGGCCCAGUUUAGACCAGCGGGACUCCAGAGCUGAGCAGGAGGAGAGGGAGGUCAGUCGGCAGUCUGUGUUGGUAAGAAAGGGACCCGUUGAAGGGGAGGUGGCGGCAGCAGCCACUGCUCCUCCUCCUCCUCCUCCUCCCUCUCCUGCGGCCAGAAAACUACCGCCACCGCCAUCCUUAAAAUCUGAUCCGCUUCCUGAAACUGUCGGGAGGAAAGUAGUUUCCGUUAGCCUUUCCCCACUGUCUCUGUCUCUAGAGGAGCCCAAGAGACAGACGGCAGGAGACCUGGGUGAAAAAACGACCGAGGAGCAGUCGGACAGGGGGACGACAACAACUGAACAGAAGGAUGGCGUUGUGGACAAGAGGAGAGGAGAGCUGUCUGGACUUUCUUUGGCCGAAGAAGGAGUUACAGAUGACCAAAAAGAGAAUGAAAGCACUUUAGAAAAGUCUGAUGCCGAAUCUGGGAGCACCGCUCCGCUUCUCAAAGCAGACCCGCAGGGAGACGGGGUCAGCGGCGGGCCGGCGGCCGAGAUGAGGGCAAAGGACGCUGGGCUUGGAUCAGGGGAGCGGAAGACUCCCCUGGAGGAAGCCUCCUCCGAGCUCCAGAAAGAAGGAAUCCGGUUGAAGAUCAAGAUCCCCCCACACCGGAGAAACAAGUUACGGGGGAAGCGGGGAAAGGUGGAGGAGAAGGAGAAGGAGAAGGAGAGGGAGCAGGAGCAGGAGCAGGAGCAGGAGCAGGACGACGGGAGGCUUCUGAGGAGAUCUACAAGGAUUUGCCGAUCUGCUUUGCCAACCUGCAAGCCGAGCUCAAAGGCGGCUGAGAGCCAGAGAAAGAAGCCACACAAAAAACAGGCACUGCCUAGCAGAACGGGGGAGGGAGAGGAGGAGAAGGAGGAAGAAGAGGAUGAAGAAGAGGAUGAUGAGGAGGAGAAGGAGAAGGAGGAGGGAGAAGAGGAUGAUGAGGAGGAGAAGGAGAAGGAGGAGGGAGAAGAAGAAGAGGAAGAGGAGCAGAGUUCAACCGUAAAGAAAGAUGGCAAAACAGAACCAGUUGGACAAAUAAGGAAACAAAAGGGGAAACGGAGGCAUCGGCGCCCUCGAUGGUCCAACAUUCGCGCCAAGAGACGCAAACUGAACGAGGGAGAGGAGGCGGAGGGGAAACGAGGAGAGGGGGAGAGCGAGGGAGGGAGCGACUCCGAGGAAUCGUGCAAAUUGGAGGUGAUUCCCGGCGAGGACGCCUGCAGUCACUGUGGCCUGCCCAACCACCCCGAACUGAUCCUGCUGUGUGACUCCUGUGACAGCGGGUACCACACCGCCUGUCUGCGGCCGCCGCUCAUGUUGAUUCCAGAUGGACAGUGGUUCUGUCCACCCUGCCAGCAUAAGCUGCUGUGUGAGAAACUGGAGGAGCAACUGCAGAACCUGGACAGUGCUCUGAAGAAAAGAGAUCGAGCAGAGAAGAGGAGGGAGCGGCUGGUGUACGUGGGAAUCAGUGUCGAGAACAUCAUCCCUGAGGGAGAAGAGGAGAAUUCUGCGAAGAAGAAAGAUCCCAAAAAGAGCAAAAAUCUGGGGAGGAGAUCAACCAGAACCAGGAAGCAUAUCAGCUACAGGUUUGAUGACUUUGACGAUGCCAUUGAUGAGGCCAUAGAGGAGGACAUCAGGGACCUCUGCGGAGGAGCGGGACGAGGCCAAGACAUCGCCGCCAUCCUGUCCGAGGAAGAAGGCAAGGGGAGCCAGCGGCCAAUCAGCAGCCAAGCCAAUUCUGCCAGGAGCAGGAAGAGGCGGCGACUGAACGACCUGGAGAGUGACAGCACGGCGGCAGAGAGUGAGGACGAGUUCAUGCUCAGCAACAGCUCAGAGGAUGAAGAUUUCGCUGCGUCAGGGCCGGACGAUGAUGACGUGGAAGACGAGGACGCGGGCAGCGUGGAGAGCGGGUCCCGCCCCAGACGGGCGGUGAGAGGGGCGCCCAAGCAGAAACCCAGCAAGACCCAACGCAGGGGCAGGAAGCGGCCGAAGCGGAGACGCUCCUCCGAGGAAGAGGAGGACACCGAUGAGGAAAUGGGCUCGGAUCAGUUCAGCGACAUGACCGACAGCGACGACGACAAGAAGAGGCGGGGUCUGAGGCGCGGCCAGCGCCAGCAGGUCAACUACCGCGAGACGACCGAGUCGUCGGACAACUCCCGAGCCUCCGCCAAAAAGGUCAAGGUUAAAGGCCGCGGCAGACCUCGCAAGGAGCAUUUCUCCAGUGACUACAGCGAUGCGUCGCCUUCUUCCCGAGACACGGAGGACGACUACGAAGAUGAGAAGGAAGAUGGGCAGAGGAGAAGAGUGAACAAGAGGAGGAGAGAGGAGGAAGACCUCCGGGGAAAGAGGGCAAGGCAAAAGCGGAGGAGACACGAUGAGGACGAGGACGAGGAGCGUGAGAGAGGGAGGCGACUGAAAAGGAAGCUCCAAGAGCGGGAGAAGACGGACAAAGACAAAGCGAGGCGGUUGAGGAGGACAGAGAGAAAGGAGGAGGAGGAGGACCCAGAGAAGCUGGGCCGGGGGAAGAGGAGAGAGAUGCUAUCGCUGCAGCGACGCAAGCGGCUCGCUCAGAUGCUGAAAAAGAGGCGGCCUUCGACGGACGAGUCGGACGAGUCGGACGAGUCUGAGACGUCGUCGUCGGAAGAGGAUCGUCCAAUCCGCAAAAGACUCAACCGCAUCGACUCUGAUGACGACGAAGACGAAGGCGAGGAGGAGGAGGAGGAGAAGGGAGGGGGGAGACAGAAGAAGGUGACGACGAUGAAGAAGUUCAGCGACGCUCAGGAAAAGGGGAGGGGCCGGAGCCUGUCUCCGUCAAACAGGCAUCGGACCUCCAGGGAACUGGCGACGCCUGAGGCCGGGAGUCCUGCUGUUCACAGGGACAGUGCGGGAUCAGAAGGGCAGGGCAGGCACAACGGCUCCUCACAUGAGGAGGAGGAGGAGGAGGAGGAGGAUGAGGAUGAAGAAAAGGAAAAGGAGAAGGAGGAGAAGGAGAAGGAGGAGGGGGGCCAGACAGACUCAUUAAACUCUGCCCAGAACAGUCCGCAGUCGUGAUGUUUGUGUGAAUAACAUUUGCUUCUUUGUCUUUUUUUUUUUCUUCUUCAUUUUUGUAACGGUCAAGCCUUUCACCCCACGAAACCACCUUUUUUAAAACUGAUUCCACCUCCGCCUCUUUCCCGUCUUGCUCCUCCUCCUCACUGUUGUGUCGUGUUGAGCUCUCCACGGUCACAUGACCGUACAACCACAAGACUCACGAGCUACGCAUUUACACUCAUCGUCACCUCUGGCAGAACGGAACCAGUCAGCCGGACCAAAAAAAAAAACCAAACAGAUAAAAGCAUCCUGGCGCCAGGACAUUCAGGUGUCAGUGGACGCACUCGCACGCAGCCGGUGCUGCUCGUGACCCUCUGAAGUUCUCGUCUCUGCCAGAGCCAAGCAGCAGCAGGACGGCGGAUUCAUCCCAUUUGGGUUUGCAUUGAAUUGGUCACAGGAGUCUGUAGCGUACUUUUACCUAAAAGCACUUCGUCAUUCUCAUAGCACUUAAUACCCCAUCGCCAAGGAGGGUGUGUGUGUCGAACCGAACACUUCGGUUCAUGUGACCUGAUGGUUAGAGACACCAGACUUGAUUGCCACAACAAAAAGCUUCCUCUAGUCGUAUCUACGCAUGCAGAUAGUUGUGUUUUUUUUGUCCAGGUUUUGAGAGAUCAGAGUUUUUGGCCACCACCUUAAUACCAAUGAGUUACAGUUAUUUGUUUGUGUGCUCACAGUGGUGUUUUCAUUGUUGUGUUGCUGUACUGAAAAGGUACCCAGUAGCCUUUGGGGGCCGAUCACACAAAGACGCGUCACUCACUUUUAUUUGUGUCCAAAAGCAACUCGGAGAAAACGCUGGAGCCGUACACAUAGAUAGUUUGUAAGAAGUGGACGUAGUCAUCGUGACGUAGUCAUCGUGACGUCACCCAUCGGUUUGUGGACUGCUGGUAUGAACCUUGAGUUUGCUGAUUUCGACUUCUAUACACUAGACUUCUUAUUGCAACUAGAGGAGUCGCCCCCUGCUGGUCAGUAGGGAGAAUGAAAGUCCAUGACCCUUCCGGAUCGGCUUCACACAGCAGAACCGGAGGUGUUUUUUGUGUGUGUAGCAGACUCGUUUCUAGAGACACAUCUCGGUGUGAUCCAUCCCUCAGGCCGGGGGACAUCGGUUACAUGUCAUACCCCCACCCACAUGUUUCCUGUCUCUACGCUGAUGAAAAGAGCGAAAGGGAUCAAGUCACUUCACUUUUAAAUGCACCUUUUUUUUCUAGUGCAGUGAGCACCACAAACUAAAUUAGGAUGUAAUCAUUCAAACUAUCUGCAUGGUUAGAUCCUCCAAGAGGUACAUAAGAAAAUGAUUGACACUGUUAGCUGAAUGCAGACUUCAUUUAGACUCCGUUUUUAGGUAAAAUCACGUAGUUUAAACUCAACAACAACAAAAAGACUUAACGACAUCGUCACAACAUGGAAUGAUCCUUAUUCACUUGACUUUACAGGGUUGGUUUUGGGUUAUUUGAAGUGGGCUUGUGUGAGGUGCUUCUCUGUAGUUGGUGUUUUACUGCAGUAGAUGGAGUUUAUAAAGUGCCAGCAUGGGAGCAAAACAAAAAAUGUUCACUGCCAACUUGCUGUCAUACGGCCCUUUGCAUUAUCUCUGCUCUUUGCAAGACUCCAUUGACAGAACACCCAAUCUGACCUCGCAGUAGAAAGAAGUCAACGGUCGGCCAUUACCUCGAUCGGUUAGUUUAUGUUAUUGUGCGACUUUGGUGAAUCCCAACUAAUCCUUAAAAAUGCCACGAAGUGACACACCACAAAGUGACCAGCAACUUCUUUCUUCUGCCAGAUAAAAGUACUUUUUUUUUGUCAAAGGAAUCUGGUUGCUGAGAAGAGGGCGACGUCACGGCUUCUGUCCCCCGUCUGAUGGCAAGACAGAAGGGUGAAAACAUUCUAAAUAUAGCAUGUACAAUUACAUUGUUAUUUCUAGUCCCGUCUACAGGAGACACCGACUCUGGAGAAGUACCUCACACAUCCCCACUUCACGACAUCCAGACGUUGCCUUUACGGAGCUGAACGAGGCCCAUGUUCUAGAUCCAAGGGACACCCUGGAUGUUCUCUCCCGACAGCCCACGUGUUUGGUUUCUAGACCGGUCGCCGCCCCGUGGCUCAAACCACGUUUUGCUGUACAUAGAUUGCCCGUGACCCGUUCCUUGUAAGAUAGUAGAUGUUAUGUUCUCUCUUAGGCCUCUUGUAAAAUAUAGUGUUCUAUUUUCUAUAUGAAGGAGAGGAGGAGAGAUGCUGCUGUGAGUGAUGUGUGGACCGAUGACGUUUUGACCGCUGGAUCGUUGGCGGCUUGCUCGUUUUGUGUCGAGGUUCCCGCAGGCCCAGCGUGGUUCACCAGGAAUGUGUCCCAGAACGUUGACGGAGAGCCGAGUACCGCUCCCCUUCAUCCCCCCGUGUCCUCACACGCUGGUCGCACAUCAAUAGAUGCAGAAAGUCAGACCAUGGGGGGGGGGGCUUCCUCCAGAGUCCAAUUCUCAUUUAGUUCCCUUUGUGUUUUAAUAACAAACAACCUGACGAGCCUCACGCAGCCUGAGUGCAUGAGAACACGGUUCACGACACAAAGCAGCUGAAGCCACCGAAAAUAUUUCAAGUGCAGUAUGUUCAUAUUUUAAUUCGAGUCACAAACGCAGUUUACGCUCAAACUGAAGGUGCAAGAAAAACAUUUGUUUUAAGAAAAAGAUUUUAGCGAAAUGCAGCCACCAGUCUCGAAAAGCUCCUUAAACCAGCAAGGAUUCUUUUAUCUUCACACGCACACAAAUCCAAUUUGACAAACAUCUACUUUUAUACUGUAAAGAGUUGGAGGAGUUCCCCUUUUUAAGAAGAGUUUCAUGGUUCCCCAUGUCGGAUCAUGUGAAAGUGUAUUUUGUAACAUGACGCCUCGUUGGUAAACAAAACAGCUUCUGUCACUCUGGAUUUUCUCUGGACUCAUAUAUAUGAUGAUGUUUCAAGGUCGACGUAAAUCUGGAGGUGUGCAUAAAGAGACAGUCAGGUGAAAAAGAGACAGCUUUUCGACUUUCCGUUCCAUUAAGUUUAUUUUUUAGAGAGUCGGGCACUUUAUUACCGUUGCCUGUGUGUAUCGUACCGAAUCUGUUAAAAGUCACCAACUCUUAGAGGUGUUGACCGUGAUCCUGUUCAGUAGAUCACGGUCUGAGACUUUAGUUGACAAAUGUAUCAUUUACGGUAACUUUGAAGAACAUACCAUAAUGAUUUUUAAAAAACUAAUCGAGUCUUUACCUCACAGUAUAUUAGUGGUUUAUAUUUAGCCUGGGAGACAUUGAGGUGGGGUUGGGGUGAUUCUUUCAGGUACUUUCCUAAAGUUGAGCUGGUUUUGUGGGAUUCCAUUGUGAAGAACAAAAACACCAAUUAGAUCAAAUGCUCUUCAGACAGGUUAUCUCUUUACAAAUUACAUUUGUGUCCAUGUUAAUUAGGCUGUGGUGGAAAUCCCCUUAAUGCAGCAUCUUUAUCGUCACAAUGAUUCAAUAUCGUUUAUGAGCUCCCCUCCGGAGGCAGAGCCAACAGUCUGUCACCCCACAUGUGUUUUCUCAUUAUGACCUGACAGCAUUUGGAUAUAAAUGAUAGUAAAAAAAAGAAAAAAGAAAAACCUCUUUGAAACAAGAUGAAUCCCCUCAGCUGUGUUGGCAGUAAAGUGAGAUCAGGCUAAUGUGUGUCGAUGCCACCAGCCCCCCCCCCCCCCCCCCCCAAUCAUUCCACUGAACCCGGUGUGCAUCUGCGGUUGGCACUGUGGCAGAAUCUGUUGGUUUUAAAAUGUUAAUCUGCAUUCAAUCCACUGGAGGUGAAUGUGGCUCCUUCCAUUUAUCUGUUGUGCCGUUACUGUAGUAUUGCUGUAACAUGAAUGUUUUCUAAGUUAUUAAAACCAACAUCCCAGGCAUCUCCUCAAAAACAUGUCUUUGCUUCAUUCCUAUUCUGUUAUGAGUUGAUAUAACAAUUACAGUUACAUUAAAUAUCUCUUAAUGUG